CCACGAACUGCGACGUCUGCGACGAAACGAACCGCGAUGGGCGCGAUGUCCGCGAUCCACGGCCCUGCGCACCUCCCCGCGGUGAUACCAGACUGCAGACAAAGCCGGAGCACGGAGCUGACGGAGAUGGAGCAGCUCAGCAGCAUGCUUACGGCAUGUGGAGGGGAUUGUGCUGGGGUAACGCGUCCAACCAAAGCGAAGACCACGUCCGUGUUCGCUCGACACUUGGGCAGCUGCUUCAAAACGUUCAAACACCUGGGAGGACUGCAGAUCCGCUGUCUCCUCUUGUCGAGCUAUAGCUAUUAUUCAGGUUCAAAAACUCUUGAGUUAGCGUCGAGUUGAUGUGCAAUUAUUUAUUUACUGUUGAUUUAUUAAUUCUCUUCCUACAAGAUUUUGAUAUAUUUAUAAGUGUGC